AUGCUCGAGACUUUCGACGUCGAAGAGCUCCGCGACAAGCUACUGGCCGAUGCCUCGCAGUGUCCACGGGAGGAGCUCAAGGCUGUCCAGCAACUGGCCGAUACGAUACGGCACGCUGAAGACCGUGACCUCCAUCUGCUCGUUCCUGCCGCCGCUUGCAUUGUCCGGGACCUCAGUCGCGUUGUGAUCAAGUGUGUUACAACAGCAGCUGCCGACACGCAGAAUGUACCCGUGUUGGUCGCUCUCGACGAUCGGUUGGUACCACUUUUGGUCGUCAUGCGGUCGUUCAUUGAUCGAUUGUCACAUACAAGGAGAGAUAAAGAAGACGUCAAUGCGUUGACGCAAUGGCUGCCGUUCGUGCUUACGGCUUGUUACUUUGUGACGGAGGCAGACCUACCAGGAGCCAGUACGAUGCAGAGUCUUGUCAUGGCUGAUGAAGUGCUGGACAGCGCUGUGUUGCUUGUAAAUGCACAUAACCGAGAAGAAUUGGUAACAACGUACGUUGCGCAGAUGGUGGCGUUGUGUGCGCACGAUGUGGAUCAACAAGAGUGGGUGGUAGUCACGUCCAUUUGUAAGCAAGUGAUGCUGCGGGUAGUGGAGCAAGUGAGCUUCCCGCAUCUUGGCGGAGACCUACUUGGUCGUCUGCUGGCGCUUACGUUCCCGUUGAUUGAUGAUUUGACUGACUCGACGCAAUUGAUUGGAGUGCGAUUGCUGCGCCACAUUGUCCAGAAUGUCACAUCUACUGAGCUGCGAUGGUAUUCCGACGUGCUGCUUGAGGUACUCCAUACGUCACUUGUUGUACGCAAACCGCGUACACUGGACGUGUUGCUGGACUGUCUUGUCGAAUCUCUCGACAAGGUCUCUCCCCCCGGUGAAUUCAAGCACUACGACCGGUUCAUGCCGCGGCUACUUCGUGACACAAGUAUGUGCAGCGAUGUCGCCCUGCGAAUUGUCUUCGUUCGCCACCUCCGAGCUCUCGUUGUUCGUCAGGGAGCGCCGCACAGCUUCAAUGUCAUCCGCUACCUGCAGCCACUACUGACGGUCUUUGUCGCAGGAUUUGAGAGCGUCAAUGUUGAGCUCCUGGUAGAGACACUCGAAAGUGUACGGGCUACAGUACUUGCUGCGUGGCCUCGUAUCGCCCCGCAUACCGAGCAGAUCGUCGUCGGCUUGUUACGUGCUGUAGCUUUUUGCGAGCUGUUUGAUGACGGUGCCGACUUCACGCCAACUCCAAAGCAGAAAGAGCAACUGCUUGCGCUGUGUGAGGACACACUGGAUCUGCUGCACCAAGUUAAUGCAUCGGAAGGCGUUGUUAGUGACAUGCUUGCAGCUGUGAGUAAUCAGAGCCGAAAGUUAUCGCCGUUCUGCGAUCGCAUGCAAGCUAAAUGGGCGGGUCAAGUUUCAGUCACGUGA